AUGACCAAUAUCCUCGCUUGCUUGGUGGAGCAACAGGGUCAAGUCCCUCGGAAUCAACCUAGGGAUGAUAUGGGGCAAGAUAGGGCCCUAGAGCGAUUGCAAAAGUUCUCUCCUCCUAAGUUCCUGGGAGGACCGGACCCUGAGGGAGCCGAGAGAUUGUUAGAGACCAUGAUCAAUAUCUUUGCAGCGUUAAACUAUGCAGAGGAUAGGCAAGUGCAAUUUGCCAUUUUUCAGUUCGAGGGUCCUGCCAGGGCCUGGUGGAAUGAGAAGAGAAAGGACGAUUUUAUUAACCUCCGACAGGGAACUUUAAGGGUAUCUGAGUGUGAAACUCAGUUUACGAAGUUGUCCAAAUUUGCUCCCGAAUUGAUAGCUACGGAACAAAGGAGGAUAAGGAGGUUUGUUCAAGAACUCAAUGUGGAGAUACAGGAGGCCUUGGCGGCAGCCCAGAUUAACACUUUUACGGAAGUUUUGGAGAAGGCUCAGAGAAUAGAAAUUGCUAGGGUGGGUCAAAGAGAUGCUGGUGAGAAAAUUUCAGGGACACCUAAGGAAAUUACUCCAAGAGGAACCUCGCGUGGAAGGGAGCAAGCAAGAGGUGCCUCACAAGGAGGUCAGACCUCAGCCCCUCGAGUAUCUUGUGGGUUCUGUGGGAAGGCAAUCAUACUGAGAAUGAUUGUUGGCGAAAGGCAGGAAAAUGUUUAUGGUGUGAUAGUGUCGAGCACCAGCUUGCAACUUGUCCCCGUAGGUCACACCCAAACCCUGAACAAGCAAAUGUAG